UUAAAGUGCGCCACGGGUUGCAGGAGCUGGAAUCCGGAGUGCUGCAAUCCAGUGAGCAGGUGAGAAGGCUUCUGUUGCGUGGACCAAGCCGAGUGCCUGCCCCACUUUUGCCGUCGUGGUUGCUGUCACUGUCACCCAUCUCAGAUGGUGGGGCGGGCUGAAGGGUCUCCCCUCCGUACUCAAGAGCGGUACCCGACUGCUAGCCUGCUCGUCUAGCGUGAUGGCUGUGGACAUCGAAUACAGCUACAGCAGUAUGGCCCCUUCUCUUCGCAGAGAGCGCUUCACCUUCAAGAUCUCCCCUAAACUGAGCAAGCCACUGAGGCCUUGUAUCCAACUGGGCAGCAAGGAUGAAGCCAGUGGAAUGGUGGUCCCCGCAGUGCAGGAGAAGAAGGUGAAGAAGCGGGUGUCCUUCGCCGACAACCAGGGCCUGGCCCUGACAAUGGUGAAAGUGUUCUCGGAGUUCGAUGACCCACUAGAUAUCCCCUUUAACAUCACCGAGCUCCUAGACAACAUCGUGAGUCUGACGACAGCAGAGAGCGAGAGCUUUGUUUUGGAUUUUCCGCAGCCUUCCGCAGAUUACUUAGACUUCAGAAAUCGCCUUCAGACCAACCACGUCUGCCUGGAAAACUGUGUGCUGAAGGAUAAGGCCAUCGCGGGCACCGUGAAGGUCCAGAACCUGGCCUUCGAGAAGGUUGUGAAGAUCAGGAUGACAUUUGACACCUGGAAAAGCUUCACAGACUUCCCUUGUCAGUAUGUGAAGGACACUUACGCUGGUUCAGACAGGGACACGUUCUCCUUUGACAUCAGCUUACCCGAGAAAAUUCAGUCUUACGAAAGAAUGGAGUUUGCGGUGUGCUAUGAGUGUAACGGCCAGGCGUACUGGGACAGCAACAAAGGCAAAAACUACAGGAUCACCCGGGCCGAACUCCGAUCCUCUCCGGGAAUGAUUGAGCCGUACAAUGGACCGGAUUUUGGACUCUCUUUUGACCAGUUUGGGAGCCCUCGGUGUUCCUUCGGCCUGUUUCCAGAGUGGCCUAGUUAUCUGGGAUAUGAGAAGCUGGGGCCCUACUACUAGUGAUGGCAGCCGACAGUCCGUGGCUCUAAUCAAGAUGGAGGCGAGAGAAAGCAAAGCCAGAGGGACGUUGAACUGCCUGCCACUAGGCGUGGUUUUUGAAAAGACAGGCUCCUGUUCACCUUUUUCUUAAACCAGCAAGUCCAGCGUGUUUCCAUCACACCCGGUUUCUUGCUCCGAGGAGUGGAGCCGUGCUGAUCCUCUGUGGCAUCCGGGUUGACCACAAGGGAAUGCGCGGGAUGGUGCCAGAAGGGUCUGGAGAGGAGCCAAGCUGGCAAGGACAGAGGAAGCUGGCCUCCCUUCCACACUUGGACUCUGAAAGUCACCCAGAAACCAGUCUCCAGCCUUGCUAUUGACCUCGAGGUCCUGCCUCCCCUCCCCUGCUCAUCGCUUUCCACGUGUCUCCUUCAUUCCACGAGUACUCGGAAGGGAGCCACCUCAGUUCUGUGACACACUGGCCUGAUUGAUAUCCAGCAGCCUCAGAAGAGGGACGGAGGCAGCCGCUUUCUGUGUGAGCUCUUUCCCUACACUUCCUCCCGCUACCCAGUCUAUCCAGUGAUCUGGACAAGAUGGUCAAAGCAAAUAAGUAGCUCGUGUCUGGGAUAGGCAUUCCCUCCCCUCUCUCCUCCUGACCCCUCCUUGAUAUUCCAGAAGAGAGCAACAUAUUAAUUACUAGAAAGUCAUUGGUUCCCAUGUGGGGGUCACAGGGUACAGCACUGGGACAAGGUGGGACAGUCUGAACUUUUAGCUUUUCCUCUUGGAUUUUGGGGGAGCUUUCGAAGCACCGUUUUACCCCGAAUUACCAGAAAGAAGACUCGAUGACAAGAUCCAUUUCUACUUGCCUGGCCGGUGGGUGAACUGCUUUUGUUUGAGAGAGUCGAAGCUCUCGUGUCUCCUGGCGUCUCCACUUUAACGCCUUGUCUGUGACUUUCAAAUAGCAAGACUGGCAUAUCCCCGAAUCCUCCAGACUAUACUUAGAUGUUUGCAAUAUACAUUCAUAUUCAGGAUGCCUUAUGAACUCCCAAGGACAUUGAUUGGGUGUUUUUAUUUAUGGUGUGUAUUAUAAAAGGAGAGGGGAGAAAAACCUUACCACAUUUUUUUAUGUUAUUUUAAAUGUUCGUCAACUCUGAGGUAUCAGAUGAAGUUUUCUUAACCAUAUUGGAUUGCAGUGUGCUUUCAUACGCUAGUGUGAGACUCCUGGAGCUCUUACCGUUGGGUGAACCCCCAAACCCUGUGAUUUUUCUCUAGGACAAAUUAGAACUAUAGGGGAGUUUGAAAACUAUUUUUACCUGCAUAUUUGUAGAAGUUUAGGGGUGUUGUUUUGUUUUGGAAGUUUGGUAAAAGAUGUCUGUUUAAUUUUCUUACUGAAAUGAUGUUUCCCUGAGACAAGACAGAAAGGAACGGAGAGUCUCAUGGAUUCGGAGGUGGGGGGGGGGGCGGGCGGCACUGGACUAGACCUGUGCCCUCUGGCUUUAUAAGUUAGCAUCAGGCAGACAUCAAAUGUUUUUAAUCCUAGCAUGUGUGGUUUAUUUUUUUUAUCUUAACUUUUUCACUUUUGAAGACUUAAGUGUUUUGACUUUUUAAAUGUUAUUUUCUAUGAUUUCUUAUUCCUAAAACUGGUACUAGUCUGUACAUCUGUGCUUUGUAUAUUGUGCCUCUCCCAGAUGGAUGGCGAUCUGGGAUUGAAUGCUGAUAUCUGUGAGGAAAUCAUCUUCAUACGUGAGACUGAAACUGGGGGCGGGGGCUUGUGUUUUAUCUAAGCAGGCCAUGUAUCUCCUAGAUGUGUAUACUUUAAAUGUACCGGCUUUGGUGAUCAGAGCAGCUAGGUUUAAAUUGGAUAGAAAGCAAAACUGCUUUCUAUGGGUCAUGCAUUUUGUGUUAAGAAGGAAGGCAGCCAGGGGCACUAUUUCUUACAUAGCUGCAGACGAAAGAUCAUAAAAGGGCCCCGGGGGUUAAGUACAGAAUGGAGUCUGUUCAGUGGUGUGGAAUGAUGAUCUUCAGACAUUCCGUGUCAAAAUAUGAAAUAUGGUAAUUCCAUGUUAUGUGUCUCUCCUAAAGCAGACAUACCCUCAUCCCCCCUUUUGCCCAGAUUUGCCCCAGCUUUCUUGAAACCCCCCCCCCCAGCCAGCACACCUGGGGUGCAUACCCGCUGCUCAGCUCAAAGGGCGUGUUGUGCCUUGGCCUGCUCGCCAGGAUCCUUCCCAGUGAAGGAAGCAGCCGGUGUGCUGAGCUUGACUUCCUUAUCCAGGCUGUCACUCAGAGACCGAAGAAUCUUCCUUCCGUUUUCUGCCUCCAACACAGAGACAGCCCUCUUCCUUUCGACCCUUCUGUCCCGUGACUCUGAGAUAGCCUCAGGAGCUGCAUUUAGAAGCUCUAUGCUGUGCUCAGAGCUCACCACUGUAGACAAAUUUACACACCCCAGAAGAUGACAGGCCUCUUGCUUGAAGAUCCCACAGCAAGCUUGACCUGGAGGUCUUACCUUCAUGUAGCUCUUGGCUAUGAUGAUGGACGGACCCUAACCCCCAGACACUGUGAUCCAGGAAGGGAAGUCAACUCCAUUCUUUGUUCCAUAUUUAUGUCCCCACAUUCCCUGGGGUGCUUUGGCAAAGUGGGUAUAAUGAAUAAGCUAGACCAUAGGACACGCUCUCCAUGUUUCUUGCAAGAAGCGUUUGAGUGGUGUAAGAAUAUAUUUUUUUUUUCUAGAAAGCUAGGAAGGUGUAAUGGAAGUCUGUAGUUCUGCAGAAACUGAAGCAACUUGAGUCAACAGUAGGAGUUAUUUUAUCCCUGAGAUGUAAGCUUGGUGGCUCCUGGUUCUGGGAAGGUCUGCACUCAGCCGUGUCUUUUGGCAUGAUCACAGAAACUGCAGAUAAGAUGUUCCAGAAAUCCUGGGAUCUUACCUAUAAACGGGAUCGUCCAGAGUUACUCAAAGACAAUUUGGCAGCGUGGAAGACAGCAGACAAGAGAGUGCUGGCUUCUCCCGCUGAAGGCUGUGAGAUACCUCCAGCUCCAUCAGCAAAGCUGUGAGUGUUUCCACAGUUUGGCUUCUAGUUCCCAGAAGCCCCUGGGGCACGUGGACUUCUAGAGUACACACGUGAUGAUGUUACACUUUUGCUUUAAUGUGAACAUUCAACUGACGGGCUUAUCGUCAUUGUAUGCCUAAAUGUGCCUUGUUCAGAAACUUCUGCAUGUUUGUAAGACAUAUUUUUGUAUACAUUGGUAGAGGGGAAAUGCACUUUAAAAAUCAUAAGGAUGGAUGUUUGUGUGUGUGUGUGUGUAUGUGUGUGGUGGAAGAGAAUGGUUUCUUUGCAUCUCAAAAGCAAAAUUGUAAUAAAUACAGAAAGAAAAGAAAACGAAAAGG